AUGACGUAGUUCCCGACCAUGUGCGCGCUUCACACAAGGGUUCAAAAUGGCAGAGCACAUGGAGGUACCACUGAAAUCCGUCGAUUCGACUACACCAACAACCACUACCACCCCCACCACCUCCACUACCACAGAGGAUGUACCCUCAUGUAAUGGUGAUGCUGGCCCACGACCGGCCGGAAAAGACAAAGAUGACAUGACAUCAAAAGAUUACUACUUUGAUUCCUAUGGUCAUUUUGGUAUCCACGAGGAAAUGUUGAAAGAUGAGGUGCGGACACUGACCUACAGGAACGCCAUGAUACACAACAAGCACUUGUUUAAAGGCAAAGUUGUUCUGGAUGUGGGAUGUGGUACAGGGAUCCUGUGUAUGUUUGCAGCUAAGGCUGGUGCAGCCAAGGUCAUAGGGAUUGACUGUUCUAGUAUCAUCGACUAUGCCCAGAAGAUCACAGAGUUGAACAACUUUGAUAAAACUGUGACCCUGAUCAAAGGAAAAGUUGAAGAGGUGACUCUACCAGAUGGUAUCGAGAAGGUUGACAUCAUUAUCAGUGAAUGGAUGGGCUAUUGUUUGUUUUAUGAAUCCAUGUUAAACACUGUGAUCUUCGCCCGUGACAAGUGGCUGGCACCUGGUGGUCUGAUCUUCCCAGACAGAGCUGUGCUGUACGUCACUGCUAUAGAAGACAGACAGUAUAAGGAUGAGAAGAUCAACUGGUGGGACUGUGUUUAUGGCUUUGAUAUGAGCGUGAUCCGUAAGGUAGCCAUUUCGGAGCCCCUAGUGGAUGUUGUAGACCCCAAACAGGUGAUCACCAACUCCUGUCUGGUGAAGGAGGUGGAUAUUUACACAGUCAAGGAGGAAGAUCUGACCUUCAAGGCUCCGUUUCACCUUCAGUGUCGCCGUAACGACUAUGUACACGCUCUUGUCACCUUCUUUAACAUGGAGUUCACAAAGUGUCACAAGAGGACAGGUUUCUCCACAGCUCCUGAGGCCCCCUACACUCACUGGAAGCAAACAGUGUUUUACUUUGACCAGCUAGAUCUGACUGUUAAGAAAGGAGAAGAACUUUUCGGCACCAUUGCACUGGAACCCAACAAAAAGAACAACAGAGACCUGGACAUCAAGAUUGAAGUAGACUUCAAGGGAGAGUUAUCAGAGAUGAACGAGUGCAUGUCCUAUAGGAUGAGAUAGGACCGAUGGUCCACAAAGUGACAUUAAAUCCACUUUUUCCACCGUCCUCAGGACUUGAGGACUCCGGAGGUCCAGCAUCCUCCCGUAUACAUGAUGAAUGUAGUAGUGGAUGUUGGAACUCCACAUUAAUUGCUAUGUUCUGAACAAAAUUGACUCUUAUACUUGAUUUCACCUGUAGAUAUUGACCCCGAUGAUUUUUGUGGGGGAAAUGCUGAACUGCAUCAUCACAUUGUAUAAUGUGUAUAGUGAGUUAAAACAUAGCAUUGUCCUAAAUUUGAGAUCCAUGAAGCAUUCUACAGCAAUGCAUCUUAAACUCCAGACUGUAGAAUUUUAAUUGGGAGGUAAUAUUAAAAGAAAAAAACACCGGAUUUGCAUUUUUGCUUUAAGAAAAUAUGCCUUUUUUACAGACAUUGUUUUAAUUGCACCGACAAUGAAAGACUUGUAAAGGCAGAUGUAGUCAGGUUGGUUGUUGCUUGUCGUCUGUGACAUUGUUGUCUGGUGUAAAAAGCCAAAACCUGGCGGGGAUGGCUUAAUUAGGGAAGGGACAUAACCCUUGUCUGCACACUGGUAACAAUCUGAACAAAGAAGUUUGUGAUUUUGUGAUCUCUGUACUGACUGUCUCAGUGUCGGCUGAGGUGCGAUACAAUGGUGUACACAUUUUCAGAGAGAAGUUUUCGGCUUUUUCACUCUGUUGUUGGUACAAAUAUAGGCAGUGUUGUUGGGAAAUGCAAGGCUUUGCUGUAACAUUGAAUUUAUUUGUGACUGGAUGUGAAUCAUUUGUUCCUUGUAAAAAUUACACAUCUAGACAUCUAAUGAAAUAUUUUUCAAUGUAUAAAACUUUUGAAAAAAGUAUUGUUUGUAUUUGUUUGGAUGUGUGUCAUGCAGUUGGUUUAAACAUUUGCAGUUGUGUAUAUUCCUGGAUAUUGUGUGUGAUGUGUGCAAAGGUGAGGGUGGGUGUUUGAUGUAUUGCAAGUGUCCUGAAAGUGUAAUGACAGUAUGUAAUAAUCCAGCGUGGAUGAGCAGGAUUCCAUGGAAUGUUCACAACUGCAUUGAAAUAUUCAUUUUUUCCAACAGUGUUUUUGGGGUUCCAUUUGCAUAACAUGUCAUUUGCAUGAACAUUUGAAGCAUCACUGCUGACACCAGCAGUGGGACUUUCUGGAGGAUUUGGGCUGUUUUUACAUUGAAACAAAGUCAUCUGUUUUUAAUUGCAAUGUUGCUUGUUAAAAUAAAAAAAAUAAUAAUAAUAAUUGGCAUUUAACUUUGAAAUUAAAAAAAAAAAUAAUGCCCGAGAAAGUAUUCCUCUUCUUGAAGAAUCCAACAAUCGUUGAUGCUGCUAAAUCUAUUUUGUUACCCUUACAUUGAAUAUGGAGUAAAUAGGAAAAAAGUUAUAUUACAGAUGUUAAAAAAAACUAGUGAUUUUUUUGUUGCAUUGAUAGUCUUUAAACUAUAUACAUGUAUUAAACUGAUCUAAUAAACUGCCGGGGUCAGUUAACAAACCACUAAAAUGAC